AUUCGUAUUCCCAAGUGACUCGCUCACCGACUCACUGCCACCCGUUCCCCCUCACCUUUUUAAAUAGACUCACUACUCAGCAGAACAGUGUUUUUUUUUUUUUUUCGGUUUUUUGAGAAUGAGCAAGAAUACCAGGCCUAGAACCAUCCUAGACAGUGCAGCCACAGUGAUCGAUGUUUGUCAACGCGAACUCGGCCUUCUCUCCACCCGGAACUUUGAGUAUCGUCGCCGUGCCUCCCAGGAUCUUGUUCUUCGACUUGAUAGUUACAAGAAACUUGAUAAACAUCGAGGUUGUGUGAACACAUUAAGCUUCAAUGCGGAUGUUGAUAUUCUGGUGUCAGGCUCUGAUGACAGGCGAGCUAUACUCUGGGAUUGGGUAACUGGGCGUAUCAAACUUUCAUUCGAUUCUGGUCAUUAUGACGAUGUUACCCAGGCGAAAAUCAUGCCAUUUUCAGAUGAUCGCAGCAUUGUUACCUGUGCCAUUAAUGGGGAGGAGAAGCGCAAAUUCCUCUAUUGUCAUGUUAAUCCAUCUGGGAAGGACUGUGCAAGAUUUCAGAUGGGAAUCAGAAUUGCAGCAAAAUAUUGAAAUAUAAUGCAUGCGAACCUCAGAACAACGAUACCAUGUUAAAAGACUUUAGACUUCGCACAGAUAACAAGACUGCCAUAUUUAAUGACUUUUAGUCUUCAACCUUACCGAGACUUCGCAGAGAUGUGAACCUCAGAACAAGCUGCGAGGUGUCGCCGAGACGUUGAGAUGCCCGAGAGGAGGGGAGUUCACGUCGUCGAAGCACUGAUGAAGCCGGACAGAUGGUCAAAGAAAUGCCGAGUCGAAGACGAGUUCGGCGAGACUUCGAAAUGCCGGAGAAGGUGAGGACUAGAGACGCCGAAGACAUCUGAGACGUCGGUAAAGAGUUUGGACAGGAGAAGAGAUGCAGUGCUACUGGUGCAAAGGAAGGAUUCAACCUUCACUUUCUUUGGUGUAACAAUGCCCCGUACCUGUGAUGUGUAAGAAUGAAUUUUUUUUUUUUGGGUACUUGCUUGUGUGUGGUGUUAGAGAUACUCCUGUUUUGCUUUAUACUCCUAAUGAUGUAUCCUUCAUUUCUGUCGUCAAUAAUGUGCAACAAUUUUUUUCUUGCUUGUCUGUGGUGUAAAAGAUAGCCCUGUUGUGCUUCAUUCUCCUUAUAACAUCUGUAUAAUGUGUCUGCACAUGUUUUAGUGUAUGUAACAAUUUUAUUUUCUUUGUUCGCAUUACCUGGUAUAUUGGCUGAAACCAGAGAUGUAGUGCUAUUGGUGCGAAGGAAGGAUUCAACCUUCACUUUCUCUCCUGUACCUGUAAUGUGCAACAAUGAGUUUUUUUUUGGUUGCCUGCUUGUCUGUGGUGUAAAAGAUACUCUUGUUAUGCUUUAUUCUCCUCACAAUGUGUCCUUCCUUUCUGUUGUCAAUAAUGUGCAACAUUUUUUUUU